AUGUUGACAUUCAUCGAUGCCAAACGGGUGAAACGUGACAUUUCCGAUGAGGAGAUCAGGCAACUUAUUGAGCAGUUGGACGCUGACGAGAAGAGGCGGUUUCAAGAAGGGACACAGGAUAGUGAAGAAGACAUAGUCGGCUCAGAUGUUGAGGAUGAAGAAGAAGUCGUGGAAGUAAAUGAGCGUGACAGCAGUUCAGAGGUCUCUGAAGAAGAAGCAGGUAAAAUGGAAAUUGAUGAUACUGCGAGCCUGAACCUCACUGUUGCAGGGCCGGCGCCGAACGCCUACGGGCUGCCGCCGCUGGUGGGCUACGACAACCAUGACGUCACCAAACAUCGGAUGCCGGCAUACACCAUGCGGAAGGCGCUGAAGAGGGCGGUGUGGCGCCUGGGCCCAGGGCCGAAGUACGCCUUCCAGAGGAACCUCACACGCUACGGGCCCAACGGCACGCCGCAGUACUCCAUGGCCAAAAAGAUACGCCCACUGCCGCGCCUCAACGUACCGGGCCCCCCCGCCUACUUGACGGAGGAGGUGCCGCCGAUGCGGACAGACCGCGCGCCGGCCUACAGCCUGGGCGACCGCACCAAGCUGCGCAGCGAGGACUUCAACCCGGCGCCCAACAUUUACGUCAUGCCCGAAUACCUGGGGCCCAGCCAGCCAAUCAAGACGUCGGCACCCGCCUACACAAUAUUAACAACCCAGUGGUUCAAGUUGCCAUGAGUUCGUGUUAACAGUGCUGACACAUCUUGCAAUGUGUGUGGAGAAGUGACAUUUGCAUCACAAAUACAGCAAAUAACUAUAUUGAUUAAAAAAAAGCUUACAGUUGUUGUUUUGGGUGUAAAGUAGGUGAUCAGGAAGUAUGGGAAUAUUUUAAGACAGUCUUUUUACAGUGCUUAGGGAACAAACGAGCAAUAAAUUGCAAGGAGAUUGUAGAUAACAUGUCAUCUUAUGAAAAAACUUGGUUGCAACAUGUCACUGAAAAUGUAUUUCUUACAUAGUCAUCUUGACUUCUUCCCAAAGAUUGUGGUGCAGUAAGUAAUGAACAUGGGGAGCGAUUUCAUAAAGAUAUUGCCACAUUUGAGAAGAGGUAUGCCAGAAAGAGGAGCCCCAAUAUUUUAGUGGAUGACUGCACGAUUGUCAUAAGUGAUGUUCCCGAGUAUGUGUAUAAACGUCAAGCCAGGCAAAAACGGUCAUCUUCUGAA